AUGGUCAUUAUGGAGGAAUCAAGAUUGUCAGAGGAUUCGAAAUCCGGCGAAGAUAGACUCGUCAAGCCGCCGUAUUCGUAUAUUGCGUUAAUAACAAUGGCGGUUUUGAACUCACCAACGAAGAAACUCACGCUAAGCGAAAUCUGCGAUUACAUAAUUGCUAAAUUUCCUUACUACAAAGAUCGUUUUCCAGCCUGGCAGAACUCGAUUAGACACAACUUGUCUCUAAAUGACUGCUUCAUCAAAGUACCAAGAGAGCCUGGGAAUCCUGGAAAAGGAAACUACUGGACAAUCGACCCAGCAGCAGAGUCCAUGUUUGAUAAUGGAAGUUUUCUCCGCAGAAGAAAGCGAUUCAAGCGCCCAAAGCCAACAACUCUCCCGUAUAACGUUGGAGGAUACAACGACCAUUUGGCCAGCUGGAUGAAUUACAACAGACAUCAGGCGGUAGCGUCUACUGGUUUUCCUGGAAUUCCGCCUGGGCUUGGACUUGGAUUAAUUCCUCCAUUUGCGAGGGCUCCGUUUAAUCCAGCUCUAACUGUUCGGCCGCCAAUAAUUCCGAUGCCAUCAGCUCCAGUAUCUCCAGAGCCUGCGCUCAAACAGCCCGUUGAUCUGAGCGGCACAUCUUCGCCUAACUCCUGUACAAAGCCAGCUUCCUUCUCCAUCGAUUCCAUCCUCAAAGCUCCGACUUCCGAGUCGAGCCCUAGACGAGUAAUUUCCUCCUCAUCACCGCCUGCCAUCAGCACGGAGGGAAUCAACACUUCUCCUAGCUCAGUUCCAUCUCCCUUGCCCAGCCUGACAGCGGACAAAAACAACGCUCUGCUUGGCGCCACAACUGCUCUCACCGGAGCAGGUGCAUUCUCCACGGCCGCCAGCGCAGCAUUGACGAGCUUCGGCAAUCUCCAGCCAAACCCCCUCCCAACAGCGUCUGUCUACGAAAAUCUCCUCAGACAGCAACUUCUUCACUCGCAAAUAUCUCAAAUGCAGCGCAUUCGCCAUCUGAACGAAAUGAUGUACUCUGCGUCGAGAGCAAUGACGACCGCUACCCACGAUUCUUCGAGCUAA